AUGAACUUACCGUUGCCGAUUUCAGAUUCGCAGCACUUGCAGGCUCCCAUUUUCCACCGUGAGGAUCAUCGUAUCCACCUCUUGAUCUUAGCCUUGGAUUACGCCAACAGCUCACAACGUUUGCCCAGCGUCAGCGAUGCCAAACACAUCGAGGAUUUGGCAAGACAAUGUGGAGUCCACGAGGUGGUAACCCUCUACAACCACCAAUGCGCCAAAGAUGCGGUGCGGAAAGCCAUCAAGACCGCAGGGUCCAGGUGUGAUGUCAAUGACUAUUUCAUCCUGUACUACGAAGGCCAUGGCACCGUCCUACGAGACCCGGACUUUCAGGGUACGCAUGACGAAGCCUUCGUCUUGGUGGAUCCCAGCGGCAAGGCUGACUGGUCGCGGGUCUUUUUGGGGGAGAUACGUGGAAGGCACAGAAGCUUGUGA